UAUUCAGAGCAGAUCCCUGCACGUGAUCUUAUGGGGCUUGAUUCCGCCCUUUUCGCUUUACUUCCUGGUUUCUGUUACUGCUGUAAAUUGUGUUAUAGCGAGUAUUUCCCUACUCGUGUGACUGUAUAAUCAAUGUGCAAGUGAGCAAAUCGAGUCGAACAUCAGAAGUUGCAUGGAAUCAGUGUAGAGAGCAAGAGCUUAGUCACACCUAACAGCCUCGCAAGUCAUCGCUGCAUCGUGCCGUUCUGAGUGGUUCGUCUAUAGCGUCUGGAGCUGAUUUCUGGAGAUUAUCAGGUUGAUAUCAGAGAGUUAGACACUCAUUUGUCAGUAUUUAAUAGCCAUGAAUGUGAGAUGUGCAAGUGUAUGGCCACUGUUGUGUAUGCUGUUUCUAAGCAAAGGUGGGCAGGCUGACAUUUCAACCAAAAACUGCAAGCUAUCUGGAGGUGAUGGCACACCAUCUGUGAUGGAACAAAACCUGCUGGCUAAGUUGGAGCCAUUGACAAAAUUCAAUUUUACAACACAAGAAAAUGAAAAUGAAAAUCAAAAGUUCACUUACUGUUUUCGAGUCUGUGGUCAAGCAGGAAACAUAACCAAUGGAGGUCUGGUACAGCUUGAUGGAAAAAUGCAGGAGACUGUUGUGGGCCGCUACAAUAGCACACAAGUCAUCGGUGGCAGUGACUGGAUAAUGCUAAUUUAUAAUGAGGGGGACAAAUAUGAUAAUCACUGUAACAAGGAAAGUCGUAAAGCCAUUGUAAUGAUUUCCUGUAAUCGCAAGACAGUACAGUCUGAUUUCACUGUUGUUGUUGAAGAACGCAACCGUCCCAGCGAUUGCUUUUAUUUGUUUGAACUGGAGUCCAAUGCAGUAUGCCCUACAGAGGUUCACCAGCUGAGUGCUGGUUCCAUCCUCCUGAUAGUCUUCUCCUCCUGUCUAAUUCUAUACAUAAUUGGAGGCUUCCUAUAUCAGCGAUUAGUUGUGGGGGCAAAGGGGAUGGAACAGUUUCCAAACUAUUCAUUCUGGCAGGAUCUGGGUAACCUAACAGCUGAUGGCUGUGACUUUAUCUGCCGUUCUAGAACUCAGAAUGCCCCUCCCACAUAUAGAGGAGUAGCAUCUGAACCGCUGGGGGGUGAAGAAGUAGAGGAGAGGGAUGACCACCUACUGCCUAUGUGAUUAAAUGUACAUUGUCAUGGUGUGCAAAGAAAAACAUGGAUUACUCCCAGUGUUCUUCUUCUGAGCCUGUUGGAAUCAGUAUCCAAAUAGCUAACAAAUGGCCGGGAAAUUGUUCGGUUGCCAUUCAUGCAACCUGCCUGUGAUAUUACCAAAAAAAAGAAAAAGUGCAAACCUCUUCCCUCUUACCCUCACAUGGAAUUAAUUUCCUUGAAAUUUUGUUUAACUGCUUUUCUUUGGGUCAGUUUAACAAAGAUCAGUUAUUUAAUAACAGACAAUGGCACAUAAUGCUCAUUGAAGUUUUCUGAACAGAACAUAUAAGAAAAAAAUAAAAGGGGUUCUUGUCUGAAUUCAGACCAAUAAAACCCCCAGGUUUACUUGUGUUAAUCCUCACUAAACAUCUGUACCCAGGACAUAAAAUAUCUUUCCUGGAUGGGAAUUUGAAUCAUUUGGUUGUUGUGUAUUGUGCUUUUUUUUUUCUUAAAAAUAAAUAAUCCAAUUAUUGCUUUCCUCUAGUUUCUGGAAAAAUGUUGUCUUUCAGCAGUCUUAUCUAUUGUAAAUCAUUAUUCUCUUUUUCCACAAUGCUUUGCUCUUCCAAAAUAUGUUGCAAUAAUUGAAAAGACCUUUUCUUUGUUUAGUAGGUUGACUGAGGUUUUCUGGUAAUAAUUGUGGUACAAGAAUGUGAUUACUCUGGCUUACUUUAAGAGAGCCAAGAAAAUGUGUGCUGUAUCUGGCAAUUGCUUUGAAAUGUAAAAAAAGUAAAUCAGUAACUGGUCCUUUCUUUUAUUUGAAUCCUUAAUAUUUUAUAAACAGGUCAAUUUUUUUUUUAUAAACCAAAGCAACCUGUGCACAUGUGAUGUGAAAAUUAUUUUUUUUUUAAUCUUAUUUUAAUUUCAUAGUGAUCCAACAAAAUUAAGAGCCAGAUUUCUGGUUGACUGUAGAUAGCUAUAAAGCAUUUUUUUCUUGUAAUCUAAAUUACCAGAAAUAUAUGUUCAUUUUUAAAUAUUUUGUGUAUGUUUAAAGCAAUAUAAUAUAAAAUGGGAGAAAGUGAGCUGUCUACUAUGUCCACUGCUUUAAGAGUUUUUUCAAUUUAUGUUGUGUAUAUGUGGAUAAAUUGUAACUUCUAUUUAAGUUUCAACUUUCAGGAAACUGAAUGUACUUAGUGCUGCAGUACAAAUCCAAGUGAGCUACUACUGAAGCCUUUUACCUUCAAGCUUAAGUUGUGUAUGUAUAGAUAUUUUAUUAAAAAAAUACUUUGUAAAAAAA